AUGCUGCCUCACUCUCCCAGUUUCCAGGACUUCCCUGAUGACUCAGACGGUGAAGAAUCUGCCUGCAAUGCAGGAGAUCCAGGUUCAAUCCCUGGGCUGGGAAGAUUCCCUGGAGAAGGGAAUGGCAACCCACUCCAGUAUUCUUGCCUGGAGAAUUCCAUGGACAGAGGCUGCAGCCCAUGGGGUCGCAAAGAGUUGGACAUGACUGAGCGACGAACACUUUCAGAGGGCAGGGGAGAGAACAGUUCUCACCCCUUGCCCCACUCCCCUGUUUCUUGUGGUGUCUCUCUCUGGUCUGGUCUUUGA